CGCGUACAGCAGCGUAGCGGUCAGAGCCGAACUCAUUUGCUGAGAACAGUCGCUUCGUUGGGCCCAGGAGCGACGGAAACUUCACUGCCAACAUGUCCGACGAUGAGCAGGAGCAGACAAUAGCCGAAGACCUGGUGGUCACCAAGUAUAAGAUGGGGGGUGACAUCGCCAACCAGGCUCUCCGUAAGGUUGUGGAGGCAGCUAAAGCCGGGGUCUCCGUCCUCAGUCUGUGUGAGGUAGGCGACGCCUACAUCAUGACUGAAACUGGAAAAGUCUUCAAAAAGGAGAAGGAAAUGAAGAAAGGUAUUGCCUUUCCUACCAGCGUCUCCGUCAAUAACUGUGUUUGCCACUUCUCCCCCCUGAAGAGUGACCCAGACUACAUACUUAAAGAUGGGGAUCUGGUCAAAAUAGAUCUUGGUGUACACGUUGAUGGCUUCAUUGCAAACGUCGCUCACAGCUUUGUUGUCGGAGCCAAUAAGGAGAACCCCAUCACAGGCCGAAAAGCUGACGUCAUCAAAGCAGCACAUCUGUGUGCGGAAGCAGCUCUACGCCUCGUUAAACCCGGGAACCAGAACGCUCAAGUGACAGAGGCCUGGAACAAGAUCGCACAGUCGUUUAAAUGCUCUCCUAUUGAGGGUAUGCUGUCUCAUCAGUUAAAGCAGCAUGUGAUAGAUGGAGAGAAAACAAUCAUUCAGAACCCAACAGACCAGCAAAGAAAGGACCAUGAGAAGGCAGAGUUUGAGGUACAUGAGGUCUAUGCUGUUGAUGUCCUGGUCAGUACUGGUGAGGGAAAGGCCAGAGAUUCAGGCCUGAGGACCACAAUCUACAAAAGGGACCCCAGCAAGCAGUAUGGCUUGAAAAUGAAGACUUCUCGCACGUUUUUCAGCGAAGUGGAGCGACGUUUCGAUGCCAUGCCAUUCACACUAAGGGCUUUUGAGGACGAGGCCAAAGCUCGCCUUGGAGUGGUGGAGUGUGCCAAACAUGAGCUGCUGCAGCCUUUUAGUGUGCUUCAUGAGAAGGAGGGAGAAUUUGUUGCACAGUUUAAGUUCACAGUGCUGCUGAUGGCAAAUGGGCCUCAUAGAAUCACAAAUGGACCCUUUGACCCGGAGCUCUACAAGUCAGAGCAUGAAGUUCAGGAUCCAGAGCUAAAGGCUUUACUACAGAGCUCUGCAAGCCGUAAAACACAGAAGAAAAAGAAAAAGAAGGCCUCAAAGACUGCAGAAAACGCAACAGGACAGCCAGCUGAGGACACGGAAGCAGCAGAAUAAAAAAUAAAUAAAACUGCCUUUCGAAAACAUUCAAGACCCCAAAGAAAAUUGAGGCUAAAUAUCACAAGUUUUCUUGACCUCUCUGCCGAUUAAAUAAUUGACUAAUUAAACUGAAACAUUUAUUUAAACAAAUACCUGCGUCAGAUCGAUAUUUAUCUUAACCCUUUACUGUAUUCAUAGAUAAAAUCAUUUAAGUUUCUUUUCUUCCCUGAUAUGGUCCAAUAGCGAGGAAAAUUGGCCUGUUUAAAAGUCAAUGAGAUGCACAGCAAGUCCUCAUUUUGGUGUUAUGUGCUUCUUUUAUUGAAAGUCCCCAAUCUGAGAAUUUUUGCUAAAACAAGUUGAUGUUUAGUUUAGAUAUUUGUAGAAUUAAUUUUUGCUUUAUUAGU